GGGAGGGAGUGGGACCGUAACGGUAAACUGCCCCCGGUGUGUCUGUGAUGGAGGCUGUGCGGAGGAUGACGGCGGCGUGGUGCAGGAUCCGCUGCUCUCGCGCUGACGCGUGAAUCCGGGGUUAGACAGCGCGUGAGUGGUGUGAACAUGGCCGCGGUGAUGGUGUGCUGCGGCGGAGGAGGAGGAGGAGGAGGAGGAUGCGGGAGCGCGUGCUGGCAGGUGCUCCUGUUCGGCUCGACCGCGCUCGUGAUCCUGGCAGAGAGAGCCGCGCUGAUCUGCUGCUUUGCCUUCUACCUCUGGAAUGAGCAGUUAAUGUGGGCAGGCCUGACCUUUGCCCUGUUGUUGCCGGGGGCGAUUGUGCAGGUGCUGAGCUUCAUGUGGUACCGGGCGGAUGGAGAACAGCGAACAUGUCACCUACUCAUCAUACACACACUCCACCUGGGCAUCUUCAAAAGGUUGUGGGACUGCAGUGUGUGUGUAUGGAGUGGUCAGUCUCAGUCUCAGCAGGUGAUGCAGCAGGUGGAUGUGGCAGCGUUGCGUUUGCUUGAUGUUCUGCUCCUCACUCUCCCUCAGGCGCUCACACACACCUACGUUCUCACGGCGACCGACUUCACCCUCACAUCACCAGUUGCACUGUGUAGUGGAAUGUGUGUGCUGUCUCUAUCCUGGGCGUUGGUAUUGUACAGUCGAGCGUGUUGUCUGGCGCGGCCUGGUCACCUUCUCAUGCCCCCCGCUGCCCUUCUGUGCCAGCUGCUGUGGAGGGCAGGGCUACUGAGCGCUCGUUUCGCCAGCCUUGCCCUUUUUGCCCGCUCUUUUGGGUGCUGGAUCAUUGGUGUUGUGGGCUGCCAUUGGCUGAUUGCAGCAUUCUGGUUGGUUUCUCAGCAGACUGAUAUCUGCGUGGGCCAGUGGGCCUGGCGUGGGUUCAACCUCAUCCUGGGGGGCGUUCACGUCUUCCUAUUCCUGAAUGUAAAAGAUGGCCCUUCUCGGUACCGCAUGGCCUGCUUUUACACGGUAAUGCUGUUGGAGAAUGCCACGCUAGUCCUGGCGGCUUCUGAUAUCCUCACUGAUGCAUCAUGGGAAAGCUUGACUGCCCCCAUUGCUGUCCUGUGUAGUUUCCUAUUGGGUCUGAUGUUUCUGCUGCUUUACUAUCGUUUCUUGCACCCAAAGUCUACAGAGAUCUCCCACACUCUGCAUCACGGAGCUCAGGCAGGCAGCGCGUGUCUUGAUCAGGGUGACUCGUCUUUCUCCCUGUCUGACAAGAGCCUUGCUCUUCCCUCUCUCCGUCCUCCACUCUCCUCCUCCCAUCCCUCCUUUUCACUGCUAGAACACCCAGGGAGCUGCGGGGCGAAAGUAGGCACAGAGUGCCGUCACCACCACUGGCUCCUUGUGCGUCUGGCACUGAAAACCGGCGACCCGAACAAAAUCGAACGCGCCUUUGGUGCCGGGGGAGCAACGGCCAUCGUGAGUGAAGAGCAGGAGGACGACUCCCAAGAGAAAGCAGGAGGCGGAGGAGGAGUUGAUGGGUUGGAUGUCAAGGAUGAAGAUGACACUCUUGAACCGCUGUCCGACUGCAAGGACGAGUUUGAGAGCGUGAGUGAGGCGAGAGAGGACGUGGAGGAAGAGGAGGCAGAUGUGAACCUGGUUGAGGAAAUGGACAGCGUAGACUCAGAGUGGAAGCGCAGCUCUCCUGAGGGGAAAUCUGUGUUCGGAGACAGUCCCGAGCCAGAUUACUGCCCCACCGAGUCCAGCUCCACACUCUACUUUAGCGCUGACCCACAAUCCCCAAGCAGCGCCAGCGACCCCCGUCUGGACCGAAUGGAAGUUUCCGGACCCCACCUGACAGGCCCACGCCGGCACCUCGUUCUCUCUACACGAGGCCUGGAGGAUGACACAGGUUUCUGACCAGGUUUAAAAAUAACCCGAAAUAAAAAUGUUUUAUUCGAGACUUUAACACAAUUUUCUACAAGGUUAAUGCAGCUAAAAUUGGUCUUGCAUAAAAAAAGUGUAAAUAUCCACACCAGACUGCGAUGCAGUUUUUUAUUUUGGACAGCCAAGUGUGAUGAUAAAACGUCAUUUAAAGCUAUAAAAAUUUGCGCUGGUGUUGCUAAAAAAAAAAAAUUGGUGAGACUCUGGUUACUUGUUAGCUACAUUAGCACUGUAGCAUCAUUGCUAAAUUUCAGAUACAUAUCCUAACUGAUAUGCUUGGACAUAUUUGUUUAUAAUUGGGAACCUUUCUAUGGUGAAAUGUUUCCAAGAAAAUUACUGACAAGGGUGAUCGUGUAUCGUAAUGUCAUAUUUAUAGCAUCAUAUGUGUCUCAUUGCUGUAUGGCUGUGAUGAAAUUUGUGUGUAUGUGUGUUUGUGUGAAUCAAAGCACAAACAACAAAAGCUUUUUAGCUGCUUGACUGACUCAGAAAUAAUAAGGUAUACUUUCUAAAAGUGUGCAUCGUGGCAUCAUAGCUCAGCUAAAGUUGUUUUUUCAGGUUAAAUGACGUCUGGUUUUUAGCACGUUUUUUUUGCUAGCAGCAAUUUUUGUCUUGCAUCACAUAAGGCGCUCACUAGGGGGCGUUUCUGCCUUGCGUUUGAGCUGGUUGCCAUGGUUAACAGAUUACAAUUUGUAUUUUCCUUCAGUCUGUCUUUGAUUAGGUCUGCAUAAAUUAAAUCACAUUGCUUCUCAUUUGCAUGUA